CCUGCGCUGAAUACAGCAGCAACACUUAGCAUGUGGAUCCAAUGACCAGGGAGAGAAGCGCUUUGUAUCUGCAAAGAAAGGCGCUAUAUAAAUAUAUAUGAAUAGAUUAGAUUAGACAGUGACAGCAAGAUUCAGUAAAUUGGUUUCUGGCAAACUGGGUUUCAGCAACCUGUGUUGUCAUGAUUUCAGCGAACUGGAUUCGGCAAACUGGGUUUCGGCAAACUGGAUUUAGAGAAAUUCAUUAGCCCUGGUUGUGGCCAUAGUCUGAAUGUAAUGGCCCUGUCACACCUUGACAUCAAAACGCUGGCAUCGAUGCUUUUUUUUUCAAUUUUGGGCACAUUCAUAACGUAUUCAUAAUGUAUUGAACGUAUAAAUAAAGUAUUAGUAACUUAUAUAGAACAUUUUAAUCUUUAUAAAAAACUUUCACAAACGAAUGCUCAACGUGUUGUCAACAUUUUAGCUGUACUAUAAUGUAUACCAGCAUGCUAAUAAGCGUGCUCUUAACUUAUACAAAACUUACCAAUAACUUAUUCGACGUACACUAGCGUACUGCCAUUUUUUUCAUACUUACAUACGCUGUAAAUCAUCAAGGUGUGACAGGGCCAUAAAAUAUAAUUUCAUCAUUAUUACAGACCAAAAAAAUUCUUGUACAAUAUAAUUUUUAGAACUGACAAAUCAAAUAGAUGAAGAAGAUACCAAUUCUGAGCUGUAUACAGAUCCACUAGAAAUGUCUUUCAACACAACCCAAGAUAGAACUAUGGAUUCGGAUGACCAAAGAGAAGGGGAUACAAAAGAGAAGCAUGAUAGACAGAAACAUGAAAUAGCAGCAAAGAAUGGUUCCCAGUGCUCUCCAAUCACUGCGCUACUUAUAUCAACUGGAGCAAUAAAGGAUGUUGAUAAUGAUGGUAAUUUGGACUUGAUUAACUUGUAUACUCGGCAAACAGUUGUACAGGAUGGUGAAACCAAUGUGCAUAGUACUCUAUCGCUCCAACGCUUGGAACUCCGCACCCAUGACUUGAGUCACACCAGAGUUCCACUCCACAGCAACUUAACAGUCAUCAAGACUGAGGAUUGUGGGAAAUGUGAUGGUAGGUCUUCCAUGAAGCUUCUCAAUGAUGGAUGGCUGGGAUAUAUGGGACUGCGUGGAGACAGUAUAUAUGACAUUGGACAUAAGAAUUAAUUGUAGAGCAGUAAGAUUUAUUAGGCAGCGGUGGGCCGACUAGAGCAUUGGUCCAAGUCUUCGAGCUCGAACUUAUUCAUGUCAAACUUGUCCAUGGUUGGUUGGUAGUAUAGUUUGUGGUGCUGCACGCUUGGCAAUGAUAGUCUAGUCAAAUUGGGUGACAUCUAGCCUGGGAAUUUCCCUACCCAUGAUUUAUUAUGUUAAAAAAAACAAUACAACAUUUAAAUGUAUAUAAAUUUUUAUGAUAUUGUAUGUGAUAGGUUGUUAUUUGCUGUAAUUUAAAUACCUUAAUGGUUUAGUAACCAGAAUAUACUUUUAUUCGCCUUGCAGCUGAAGAGACUCAAAAUAAUACAACUGUAUUAUUUUAUGGUACUUGCCUUGAUUUAUGUGGUAGUAGUAAAGCAGUAUGGAAGAGAGGCAGCACAUUCUUCUUCCCAUACCGUAAAUCUAUUAAAGAAUAGGGGAGCUACACUACUAAUUUAAAGAUUGCAUCACUACUAAAGUAAAAGGAUCCGAGGGAUGGCUGGCAUUUUGAAAUUGGUUAUUGAAAAUUAUUAUUUUAAGGGGAAACUUGCUUUUUGAGGGCAGCUGGCUUUUUGAGAGUGCCUAUCUAUCGAACGAAACCUAGCUCAUUGAAGGGCAGCUGACUCUUUGUAAAAGACUUUUUAAGCUUCACCUGACCCUGUCUUUAAUAAGUAACAUACCAUACCGGUAUGGCAAAAGAUACUUUCAUCAUAUAUCGUGCAUAAUUAAAGAUUUUAAACAGUAUAAUUUUGCCGAAUAACAAAAAAAAAGCAUGUCCAAAUGGAUCAUCCCUUGCAAAUAAUACUGUGCAAUGUGAAUAAUAAGUAGAUGCCAUUUCAUGAAAUUUCUUUAAGUUAUACAAAAAAUGGUAAAUUACCUAGGCAUGGUGACAUUUUAAAUAAAUAUAAGCUCAGUUAUAGUGGAUAGUGUGAAUAUUCUCAACCAAUAACGAUAAUGAAACAUAUCAAAGUUUUAGUUUAGUUUUUUAGUUUUUUUUUUUAUCAGAGUAUUAUUGGCAUUCAAUUAUCUCAUUCUUGCAUCCACAACUGCACCUACAGUACUGUAGCUUUGUCUGAGUGUGUGACAUAGUAGUAUUUUUAUUAUUUUUAUGUUUAGUUAAAAAAUGGAAAGCUACUUACCAAUACUUUAAUUGAUUUCCAAAAGUUUGUUGAUGUCCACUCUAAGGCCAAAAGAUCAUCCUCGCUUCCUCCACCACUUGUGACAAAGGGUUUACUGAGAUGGGCAAUUGCUGCCCACACAAGACAUUAAGUCAUACAUUGCCGGAUCUUGCCUUGCUCUCUUAUUCGUACUUUCUGGUGAAAGAUAAUGCAUAACAAAACAUAAUAUUCAUCUUCCACCAUUUAACAUAUCCUAAUAUAAACAAUAAUUAUACCUUUAUAUCAUUACAGAAUAUAUAGAACAUUUAAUUAUAGUAAUAGAACAAAAAGUCAUGAAAAAUUGUAAAUUAAUGGUUCCUAAAGAAACCAGAGAGAGCUUGUAAGAAUGUGGGAACUUAUAUUCAAUGAUAAAAAUAAUCAAUGACAGUAUUAACAGAAAGCAAGAUGGGGAGUGGAGUUGAAUAACUUGGUGGUUAAGAUGCUUGCCUUCCAAUCCCAGGGUCCUAGGUUCAAUUCCUGUCAGUGUUGCAGGAUUUUUUCCAUGACCAAAACACUCCUUAAGUCUCACAAUGGGAUUUAGUCUGUGUAUAUGCAUUGUGUAUGUUCGUCUUGUGAAAGGGAACGUCACCUACACGUAGGACAGUGAUUAUUUAUUUAUUUAUUUGGUAGUAUAUUUGUUUUUUUUUUCUUUUUGGUUUUAAGCUUUUCUAUUUUCCUUUCAUUUGUAUAUUUUGCAAUAGUUCUUGUUUAGUUGUUUACUUCAUAAUUAAGUUUUCAUGAUAUGUAAAAUGUACAUAUAAGGCCUUGUGUAAGAACACCACCUUCUUGGUGAACAAGAUUUUUUUUGUUAUAAUAUAUUUUUAGAAAAAAACAAUAUUAAAGAUAUAUAUACUUGCUGCUUGCCAAAAGUAAGACAAUUUUAUUCAUUUGUAUAUUUUUGUAAUAGUUCUUGUUUAGUUGUUUACUUCAUAAUUAAGUUUUCAUGAUAUGUAAAAUGUACAUAUACGGCCUCGUGUAAGAACACCACCUUCUUGGUAAACAAUAUUUUUUUUAUUAUAAUAUAUUUUUAGAAAAAACGAUAUUGAAGAUAUAUAUAUUUUGUGUUUGCCAAAAGUAAAACAAUUUUAAGAAUUUAAUGUUUUCUACAUUUCUUAACCUUUAACCCUUGAUUUUGAUGUUAAUACUGUAUAUUAUGUAGUGUUUUUUUUUUGUCUGUAAUAAAUAAAAAGCACAUAAAUAUGUCAAAAGAAAUGUCAUGUAGAAUUUAUGUUGAUAUUUAAUACCUGUAUUUUGACUUUAUAAUUCAUAUGCCAUAUGUGAGGUCUCGCCACAAAAUGAGUCAUGGUUAGAAAUUCAGAAAUUGAGUUUAUAUUAUAUUUGAAUAGAUCACAUUAUAAGCUUUCAUUUGGUCCUUGAAUGGCUUCCUAACUAUAAGUAAAUCCAGAGAUG